AUGGACGCGCCUACUCCCCAACCUUGGGGACUUGGGCUCAAGCCCAAGUUAAGCUCAAACCUGCCUCCUUCCUUCAUCGUCUUCUUCCCGGCACGCGACAACGGAGCUUCUUCUCAUGGAAAGAACAAUACCGGUUCUCGCUACACAAAUCUAUCUUGGGUUGGCCUCUUGAGAGCUCCUGUUCAUGUUCAUCGUGAACCAGCAUGGCACCGCGUCCCGACUGAAUAUUUCGUCUCCAAGAACAAUACUACUCGUACUAUCAUGACUCGAAUUGGCCACCCUGAAAAACGUCGCAACGAAUUUGUCUUCUACUUGUCUUCACACGCGGAAACUGCUGCUGCCAAGCGUAUCGAGAGCUGGACUGAACCAACUACAAUGUUGAUGCCUCCAAAGAAGCACCGCCGAAGAAUCCGAUUUGCCAAGUCCAAUCAGAAUCACCCUGGAUUUUGUGGCGAACCUCUCUCAAUUGCUGAGAUGACUCAUAUGUUCAUGGUCGCAAAAGUUGACAUUGUCAAUGGACUUUUGAGCAUUCCCAGAAGCCAAUUCCGGGCUGAUUACAAGUUCCUCGAAUCAAAGGAAAACAAGAAAAGAUAUUCCGUUCCUGCAAAACGAUGGAUCGAUAAGAAAGAUUGCAUCGACACUCAUGGAAAAUGGGGCGGAUUCAAGCUUCUCAGCUACAUUGACCUCAACCACCUCUGCCGCAAGGCUUCGAAAAUGGGUGACUCGGAAAUCUCUUUGCAGACUGCAGCCAUUGCUGACCUCGCUCAAAUCUUCAAGGGCAUGAAACCUAGUCCUCGCAUUCCACUUGCACUCGCUGGCAUGACCGAGCUUGAGGAUAUCGCCGAUAAGACCGCCUAUCUCAGCGCUCUCGACCUUGCCAAGUUUGAGGAGGAGUCAGGCAAAUCGCCUACCAAGAAAUCACCUCACUCUGUUCUAUCCUUGAAGGAUACACCUCGUCGAUUGAGCGACACAGUCGUCAAACUGCUGCCCGGAUCCAGCCCUCAGGCUGAGUCUUCUCCUGUCAAGUCUUUCGGUACUCCUUCUACACCGUUUGUCGAUUCACCUUCUUCGGUCAAGGCUACUCAAAGCCCUUCACCAAUGGCUGCUGCUACCGCUCGGGCUGUGCCGUCUUCGCCACUCGUCGAUAUCCCAUCGCUCGCUCCUGGUCCGACCAAGCACUUCACUGCACCGUCGUACGACUCUUCUACCUCCACGAGCCUUGACGAGACCUGCGAACAGACGCCUCCCGAACACAUUUCGCCUACCAAGGCCGUCCGCCCUGCCGCAGAGACCACCUUGGUCGAGACAGAACCUGCAACUCCUCAUCAUGCUCCUCUCGACCAGCAGCAUCGCACUUCGGAUCUUGGCCUCGUGUCAGCCAUGCCCGCGUCGACGCCCAAGAUGGAGGCUUCUCCUCUUCAGCCAAGUCUUGCUGUUGAUCCUCAGCUCAACUUUGGGCCAGUCUCUCCUUCUUUCAAAGCUCCUAGCUGGCUCAGCAGCACCAUUACCAGCAGAGCCAAGCAGACUGUGAAGAAGACCAGUCGCCGCAACAGUGAGCCUCUGAUGCGCAACUGCAUUAGAAACCAGGUUGCACGUCGGAAGACCUUUUCGCCACGCAAGGUCGUGUUCCAAAGCGAUGAAGCCUGCAAUGCAGCCACCUCUCACACAUCCACUCAUGCACAGAAACAUCAAGCUGCUGCUGAUGUCGACAUGAAUGGCACCCCCGAACAGCGGGCUUUCUCAGACCCUACCUCGAGCAUGGCCACACCUGCUAUCUGCUGGGGUAGAAUGACCGGUCGCGUUUCCAGUGACGGAGCUCUCAGCACGCUAGCUCUCACUCGCGACAUACACAUGAAUGGCGUGCACAACAUCGACAUGCGCCAGAAUCCUGAUAUUUUCGGCGCUCCUGCCAUGUCUGCUGUGCCAAGCCCCAAUGCCAUCAAUCGCCUCGCCGACAUGGCUGUGGAACGUUGCGAUGGCCAGGCUAAGGUCCAGGUCACCGAAGAAAACGGCAGACUCAUCGUUCGGUUUAAGUUGCCAACCGAGUUCGCAUACUUGUUCCCUGACACCCAGGGCUUGGAUGAAUCUCAUUUCACCACUUCACCUUCGGCUGUCUCUUCGUCGCCACGAAUCACCUUCAAGGGCCACGAGCUUACCUUGACCAAGGUUGACAACUCGCCAGCGCCUGAAGAGCCCGAAUUGCCGUCCCUGAAGAGCAACAGCGACAACACAUCGAUCGCAUCAGGCUUCGAUGCUUCUCCACAGGUACCUGCAUUGACUCCGACUCCUGCAGCGAAGCUCAACACAUCUUUCACUCCUGUGAAUGGCUCUUCAUCUUCCUCAUCUUCGGAUGAAGAAAAUUCCAACGAAAAUGGACGCCCAACUCAGCAAGACAAGCAGUCGGUUCACUCCAAACACUACGAAGACAGCCCGGGACGCGACUACAUGAGGGACUUUAUCAAACGAACUCAUCGAAAACGCCUCUCUGCCACAGAAACCGGCUCUCCCAUUGCACCACCUGCGAAGAGAGCACCACUUGGGAUCAAGAGUCCCAAUGUCGAAAGCCCUCAGAAAGGCAAACGCAAGGCCGAAAACGAGGAGCAUGACAGCGAAUCUCCGCUCAAGACAUCUGCUGGCCCUCAGCUUAAGAAAGCGCGCCGGGCUGAGGUACCUAGCCCGGGGAAGACAUCGUCUGCCGCCCUCAAAGGCAAAGCGCCUGUCGACCGAACCAAAGUCAGCAGUGCAGCUACGAAAGCCGAGUCGACUACAACUACCGAUGACGAAAAGGCAGCAUCUGCUACCGGUUCUCGCAGAUCUACUAGAUUGCGAAGCCAGAUGCCCGGAUCAACUGCCAAGUCCUCCAUUCCAACCUCCAUCAAGCUCGGAGGUCGCACCAAUGGUGGCCGCAGUGCCCUCACCUCCGCCACUCGCAACGAAGAAAAAGACUUGUCCAACAAGACCCGCAGGAACACUCUCAAGAAUAGGGGCAAUGCAGAGUAUCCUGCCCAGGUCUUGGCUAGACACCAGGAAGAGCGACUUCGCGAGAACUCCAGCGAGAGCAGCAGCAGCAGCAGCUCCGAGGCACCAGCCAAGGUGACCAUUGGCCGCAAGUCUGUUGGCUGGAAGACUCCUCUGGAGGCACACCAAGGUGAGGAUGCCAAAAAGUCACGCAUCGCCACCAUCAAACCCAAGACGGCUGGGAAGGUGAAGAGCAGUGGCAUCGCAAAGCCUACUCGAAACACCACCGCCGCCACACAGAAACAGCAGCGCACCGCAAAGGUCGCAGCAACGAUGGGAAUGUCCCAAAAUGGAACACCAGCAAAACCCAACAGGGUUACACGAUCAUCAGCUCGCGUGCGAGCAUGA